CCAAUAAGGUUUCAGAGGGAAAUAAUUGCUCUGAUAUCUGAACAAAAUGGGACUUUGCCUCAGGACCAGGCCAGCCCCCAACAAUGUCACAUUCUGCAACCAGAUGAGCCUAGAGCUUAUUUCAGCUGAACAACAUUGUCUAAUGCGGAAAAGAUCCGAUGGACUUCUGUGACACCUGACAUACUUUCUACUUUGCACGAGCCUGAAAGCUAGCUAUCAAAAUGAGCACAGAAAGAGGCGAACAGGUCAUUGAUACCCACUAUACCACAGUCCACACUCUGGGCAGGGAAAAGGGAAACAAGCAGAGGGAGCUCCGCUACAUGCAGAAAGAUGGCAGGUUCCCUGUGGUGUUUCACAAGACCCCUGGAGACUGGAGCCCAUAUUUAAUAGACAUUUUCACCACUCUUGUGGAGAUCCGCUGGAGGGUGAUGCUCCUCCUCUUUUCCCUUUCAUACAUUCUGUCUUGGCUCUUUUUUGGUCUCCUUUACUGGCUCAUAGCCCACGUAAAUGGAGACAUUGACAAUGCAGAUGAGGAUCUAUGUGUGGCAAACGUGCGUGGCUUCACUGGAGCCUUUAUGUUCUCAAUGGAGACCCAGGCAACUAUCGGCUAUGGCUUCAGGGUAACGACCGAGAACUGUAUGGUGGCUAUUAUUGUGGUGACAGUUCAAGAUGUAUUCAGCUGUCUUCUUGACACCAUUGUCAUUGGCAUUGUCGUGGCUAAGAUGGCAUCUGCUCGGAAGAGAGCUCAGACGGUGGGUUUCAGCAACUGUGCUGUGGUCAACCUGCGAGACGGGGUUCUGUGCCUGUCAUGGCGCCUUGGGGACCUGAGAGGUAAUCACAUUCUGGAUGGGGUCAUCAGGGCUCAGUUAGUCCGCUAUGUGAAGAAACCACUGGGCUUCGUUGUGAUAUCAUACCAAGACUUGGACAUCCAGGAUCGGGACAUUGUCCUUGUCACACCAGCCACCAUUAUUCACAAGCUGGAGCCCGGCAGCCCCCUCUACACCUUGGGCCCUGAUGACCUGCUGGAGGGCUACUUUGAGAUAGUAGUGUCUUUCACCUACACCGGCGACUCCACAGGUAUGCUCCACCAGACACGAACCUCCUACACACCUACAGAAAUUCGCUGGGGCCAGCGUUUCCAGGACAUGGUGAAACCGGGCAAGAAGCACUACAAGGUCGACUAUGGUCUGUUCAACGAGACCUCGUGGGUGUCAAUGCCCUUCAUGAGUGCCGAGGAAUAUGACAGGAGGAGGUGUCCAGUAGAGGGCAGCCCACUCUUAUCAUCUGUCAAGAGCAAUGGACACAGAAACACUUGCCAGGUGAACGUUGACACCACUGAGGAAGUGAUGCAUCAAACCUUUUUGUAGCAUAACAAGCGAAGAAAAUAACACAUAGCCUGCUUUGCAUUGCAGUGCAUGUGGAAUUGUUUCUACAGCACUACUUUUUGUGGAUUGUGUGAUUAGUUGAGCUCUCAUAAAUAUGUUUAUAUGUGCAUUUGUAGCAUAUACAGUGUUCAUAAUUUGAUAUGUUUCUUUAUGCUUUUAAAAUAUGAAAAUUUAAGUCAAAUAAAGCUUGAAAAGCCUGCUCUUUCAUUUCAAUAAAUCUUUUAUACAAGA